CGGGAUUCCGCUCGUCGCUGGUUGGCAGUCAUUCGUGUUCCGGUGCUGCGAGCAGCUGGUUGAGCCAUUCUGCCUCGUUUCUAGCUGUAUGUGCGGUGGUGUUUGCGUGGUUUCUUUCGGCUUUGGAUGUGUGUUUGCAAGUCUGUUCGAGUUUAGAAAGUUUUGUGCUAAGCAGCCGGUGACGUAGCCGCUUUGUUUUUGUUUUGGUGUUUGGUUUUAUCGCCGUGACCUACUGUGCAAAACGAUUCGAAACGCCGAGAUUCAUUCUGCAGAGCUUCCUUGGUGGAUUUGUUCCAUUUUUCUCGGCAAUGGCAACGCAACUGUUGUGGCUGUGUGUAGCAGCAGCAGCAGCACUGCUGGUCUGCUCGAACCCGACCCACGGCACACCGAUCGACACGGUGACGGCACACAACCCGCUGCCCGUGCCAACGGCCACCGAUGGUUCGGCCGGGCUGGAGUCGCUCCUCCCGACCAAGGUGACCGAGGUGGCGAGCGGCACCACCGAAACUAGCAAGAUGUCCCGCUUUCUCGACGACUUCACGUCCGCCUUCAAGCAGGGCACGGCCAAGAUGAAGGAGAGCCUGGAGAGCGCCGCCAGCUCGGUAAAGGACGGCGUGAUGCAGGGGUACGACUACGUGCGCAGCAAGCUGACCGGUGGUGGCGCCGGGCCCGACCCGUCCACCCCGACCGCACCGGCCGACGACGCCGCCAGCAAUGCCACCUCCUCAACCACCUCGACCGCGUCGGCCCUCACCGCCCCGGUCGCCCCAUCAACCGUGCGGCCAGCAAUCAGUGGCGGUGCCGCCGGCCUGUCCGACGCCGCCGCCAUCGGCGUGUCGAACGAACCGGCCCGCAUCGUGCCGAACGACGACGAGGACGACGAGCGGAUCUUCUUCAACGACAAGGACUACACCGCGGUCAAGCCGCUCGACGGCAGCGAGGACGAGCGGGACGUCACCGAGUCCCUGGUCACGACGACCGUCGCCGUCGACAACCGGUUCAUCAUAGCCGGGCCGCUCGCGUGCAAGAGCGGGCAGGAGGUGGUCAACGGGAAGUGUCGAAAUGUGUUCUGAGCAAACGCAGUGCAAGUGGCGAGUGGGGGGGGGAGGGGGAGGGGCGCUCCUCCAUUCAAUCCUCCUCCGUUUCCCUCUUUCCUACGAUGGUCCCGUCGCGUCGACGCCUCGAAACUGUCCGUUGGGGAGUGAUGAUUUGCAUUCACGGAUGCCCUUGUAUCGGGGAUGGGGAGGGGGAUUGUGUGAUUCCCACCCUUGCUUCUCUAUCCCACAGAAACCCUCCCACUCUGUCUCUCUUUCUCGUCCACCCUCUUUCCACCCCCCCCCCCCCCUGUGCCCCUCUUACCUAGAGCGCCAUUUCGUUAGGAAGUGUGAUUUUUUAAUUUAAUUCUAUUACCGCUAAUACGCGGCCGACGCGCGUUUGCUUGCCACACGGCACACACACACACACUGUGCACGGUGAAUGAGCUAACGCAAGACGCUGAAGAAAAAGAACAAAAAAAAAAGGAAAAGAAAAAAAAAGAAAAAUAAAUCCCCACACGGUGCUUGGGUGGUUUUUUCUUCUUCUUCUGCUGGAGGUGUUGGAGACUUACCGAGGUAGCAGCAGCAGCUCCGUGCGGAUGGGACAGCAGACGCACGGUGCACGCCAGAAGAACACAUAAAAGGGAAAGGAAAUAAAUUUCAUUUGAUUAGCAAACGGAACAAUUGGUGUGGAUCAUCUGUGCCCUGUGCCCGUUGAAAGAUAUAAUAGAAUAAGAAUAGGGAGAGUGAAAGAGAGGGAUAGAGAGAGAGAGAGAGAGAGAGAGAGGGGGAGAGAGAGAGAGAGAGAGAGAGAGAGCAUGACGGCAGAACAUAAAAAGGUAAGCAAGUGGCGAACAGUUUCCCGCGAACAAUUAGAUCAGAGAUGUCAAACUGGUGGCCCGCGAUCGAUUGAGCCAAAAUUUAUUUGUAGAUGCGUUUCUGCUUCUACAGUACGCAUCACUCUAUUCCGAACACCUGUCAUAAAACUUUGUCGGUGUUGUUAUCCUACCUUGUUUCUAUACCUCGGGUGUAUCCACCAAAUUAGAUAAGAAAUUCAAAAACUGUUCGAGUUAUAAAUGAAAAAUAAAAAAAUGUUUAUUUUGAUGAAAAUGAGCAUUCCGAUCCGGAAAAGUUUACAAAAAUGGACAAAAAAAACUCAAUCAAACCUAUGUUAUACCCUUUCCGACGAAUAAAUUUGUUAGUAACAAAUA